GGUUGCCAUGUAGCAGUCCUGGUUCUAGGGAACACAACAAGCCGUCUAAAAAUCCCCAGAAAAUAAUUGUUUUCUACGGGCGAAUGGCGAUGCAUGUUUUGUUGAGUGUCAAGUGUUUAGCUGCAAUGUUCUUGGCCAACCUCAGCCAUGUCUCUGGUGCGAUGCCGUGUCAAGAUACCCUGGACUGUGCCAGGAUGAACCUAGGCGGCUACACAUGUCAGAACUUGCGUUGUGUGUGCGACCCCAACACUGACACCGGUCUCUUCCCUUGCAGAAGUAAGAACAUUGAUCUGACAGGCCGGACGUUCGGCGACAAGUGUCGGGCAGACUACGAGUGUCCCGAGGAGCUAAACCUCGUGUGCGCGAGGAUCGAACUGAGGACUUGUCGCUGCCGAAGAGGUUACAUGUGGAACGUUAUGACCAAGACCUGCUACAUGAUAGACGACCAACCUUACGACAACGGUAACAAGGGAUUUGACCCUGUGAGAGAAAUCAUCGUCCCUGGAAUCGUUAUUAUGACGAUAGGCACAUUGAUCUACGUAGGAAUCAAAGUUUUCUGCAAUUGCGGGAAGUUCUGGAGACGGCGGGGAAGGCAGCUGAACAGGGAGUUGGACGACGGAUCGCAUCAGCAAGCCACGUGGGUCGCGUCCUACAGGGUGUUCAGCUCGCUGAAUGGAAUGGAGACACGUUCUUCGCCUGCACUGUCACCCAGUUCAUCUUUCCCACUACACCCUACACCCUGCAUGGGACUGUUCUUGCCCAGUGGCUCUCUAGCUACUACUUCCGCUACAGCUUCUACAACAUCUCCACCACCAUAUGAAGAAGCACUUAAACACAAAGUGAUUCUCAGCAGCUUCCCCAGUGCCACAACUGUCAUUCUACAUACAGCUCCACCCAUCCAAGGGCCACUGAAUAACCUACCAGCCCACUUCAUGUGCAGUAACCCGGUCCCUCCGAACUGAAAGACUUGGAACCAGGAUAUAUUGAAACAAUUUAAGUUCGGGGUUAGUGCUGCUGGUGCAAACUCUUCACAGAGGAGAGGUGUGGUUAAUCAGCAAGUUUGAAGACCAAAAGAACUUCAAGAGAAUGGAAGUCAAGGGAUUCUUUAUUCUUCAAAUUCCAGAUGAGAAUAAAUAUUACAAGAUGAUUAUUUGAAGUGCUAUGGCCAUCUUUGGAAUUUGAGAGGACUAACAAAGAUUUGAAGCCAUAUUAUGUUUUGGCUUAUGAUACGAGAUGCCAGAACCUUCUUGAACAUUUGAAAGGAUCAAAGAAUUCCCACAAUAUUAUUGUCCCUCUCUGUCAUGCAGAAUCAAGAAGUGAAAUUCCUGAACUGAAAGUUCAGAUACUGAAUGCCUACAGGAUACAAAAGACUGCAUAUAAUACACAAGUUUGAGAAAAUAAUUAUUAUUACUGCUUGGAUUGCUUUUGCCCGAUUUACAUGGGUACAAACUAUGGUCCAUUUGAAACAGAUGAGCCUGUACAAACAGCAGACUUUACAUAUUCUGUUUCCACCUCUCCAGAUUUCAACCAGAAGUGAGGUGUACUAUAUACAAAAUUAAAGAUAUCAGAAUACCAUAAUAUUCAGAUGUUCAUUAAGUUUUCCAUAAAUCUUUUAUUCAUGUGCACACUUGACAGAGAAUACAAAGAGAAAAUAGAUAAUUUUGUAAAAUGUGAUUGUAUAUGUAAAGUUAACUAAGGGUUAA